UGAACACAUAGGCAAUUGAUAAGUUGUGGAGGGGACGGGAAAGGACACAUAAACUAGAAAAAAAUCACACAAAAAGCCUUGUUUAUUUUGUAUAAGUUUGCUUUAUCUAAGCGAGUCGUCACUGUUUUGUUGAUACCUGUGGUAAAUGCUCCGAUUGUCGUGAGAGGGCUGGAAGUGUCCGGCGGCUGUGAGACGCCAGGUGCUUGAGGACCCUGAGAGUUGGCAGAGGGGGAAAAUGCCAUCGUUUUUACUGAGGGUUUGGCAAGGGCUGGCUUUGCUGCUUGUACCAACAGUUCUGGCUUCCAGCGAAGAGUCAUCCAUUUUGGAGGACUGGCGUGACGUGUGGCUGUUUCGCUUCUUUCUGAACAUCUUGGGAUAUGCGACGAUCGUCAUCCCCGGUUACCUGCUCAUCAGAUAUUUCAAGCGGAUCAGCUACCUAGAAACAGGGCGUGGCAUCUGCUUCCCGGUGAUUAAAGCUUGUGUGUUCGGGAGUGAAUCAAAAACAGGCCUCCUGGACGAUGUGUCUGUCGCGCCCAGAAAUGAGGCGGAGUCGGCCUCAUCCACCAGACAAGCUGUCAAGUUACUCUUCUGUGCUGUUGGACUACAGGUCUCCUACCUGACGUGGGGCAUCCUGCAGGAGAGAGUGAUGACCCGCUCGUAUGGGGCGGUGGACGCGGAGGGCGGGGGCGAGCGCUUCAAAGACUCCCAGUUCCUGGUGUUCAUGAACCGCAUCCUGGCACUGACGGUGGCCGGCCUCUGGUGCAUGCUGUUCAAGCAGCCCCGGCAUGGCGCGCCCAUGUACAAGUACUCCUUCGCCUCCUUGUCCAACAUCCUCAGCAGCUGGUGCCAGUACGAGGCCCUCAAGUACAUCAGCUUCCCCACUCAGGUGCUGGCCAAGGCCUCCAAGGUCAUCCCCGUCAUGCUGAUGGGGAAGAUCGUCUCGCACAAGAGCUACGAGUACUGGGAGUACUUCACGGCUGUGCUGAUCUCCGUGGGCGUCAGCAUGUUCCUGCUGUCCAGCGCCACACAGAAGCACCCCUCCACCGUCACCACCUUCUCCGGCGUCGUCAUCCUGGGCGGCUACAUCAUGUUCGACAGCUUCACCUCCAACUGGCAGGACAACCUCUUCAAGUACAAGAUGUCGUCGGUGCAGAUGAUGUUCGGGGUGAACCUCUUCUCCUGCCUCUUCACUGUGGGCUCCCUGCUGGAACAAGGCGCCUUCUUCGACUCGGUGGCCUUCAUGGCGCGGCACUCGGAGUUCGCCUUCCACGCCGUGCUCCUGUCCGUCUGCUCAGCCUGUGGCCAGCUCUUCAUCUUCUACACCAUCGCCCAGUUCGGGGCGGCCGUCUUCACCAUCAUCAUGACCCUGCGCCAGGCCAUCGCCAUCCUACUCUCCUGCUUCCUGUACGGCCACGCCGUCACCAUGGUGGGUGGCUUCGGGGUGGCCGUGGUGUUUCUCGCCCUCUUCCUGAGGGUGUACGCCCGCAGCCGCAUGAAGAAAAGCAAGAAAUCGGCCGGCCAGGCGCAGGUGCAGAAGGUGUGAGGUUGGGGGGCAGAGAGAUAGACUGGAUGUAGAGAGACCACGUUUUCGGUGGUGUCUUUUUCGUUGUUGUAGUCAUUGAUGGUUGUCAGUAUGUGUGCUUCUUUUAAACUGUUCUUUCCCCUCUGUUUUUCUUUUUUAUGGGUUUCUACUUUUAUGUAGUAAAGGUACAGAAAGGGAUAUGCCUUUAUGGUCUUUGACUUGAACAUUAACCUGGCAGCAGAUCGUCUGAUGGAAGACUGUUGUAAGUAAACAAUGUUUACUGCACUCAAAUAUUCACGGGAUCGAUUUUACCGUACCAACCACCUGUCAUGGAUGUUUGAGUAUUUCUCAAGUAAAUUAGUUUGUAAGUAGGUAAUACUGGAAGCAGCAUACCUUUUUCUUCCAGGUUUUUUUUUUUUUUGAAAUUGAUUUUGUUUAGUGUUUUGUUACAUGAUGUAGCCUAUAAGGUUGUCAGAGAGCAGUCAAUGUUACUGCCACAGUGCACAAGUUUGAAAAAACAGUGGUCGCCACCCAGAUAAUAUCAAGCAACGUUUCCCCUAGAGUAUGUCCUUGCGAUGGGAUCAGGAGAGCAGCAGUCACGGGGUGUUUGGGCGUCACAUGUGGAUGCACCCAAGAUCGAAAACGCUGGAUUGAUUUGAAAUGAUCAGCCAGCACAGUCUGGAAGCUCACAGCCAAGAUAAAUCCAGUUUAAUCAUAGCUUAAAUUAAAAAUAACGUGACUAUGGCGUCGCAGUGUUAGGACAGGGGAGACGCUGCUUAUCCUGAGUUUGCUAUGAUGCCUUGCUUUUUGUCUGUACAUACUUGCGUGUGUAUGCUGAGAGAAUGAGUGUCAUGUUUGUUCUUUGAAAAUGGAAAUUAACUGCAUGGAUACUUUAUAUUAAAAAAAAAAAAAAAGAUUUCUGUCCCUAAUCUCUUGCCAUAGUAUUCAUGGUAAGCGUUUAUGGACAGAGACGAGUUCAGAAGGGGAAUGGUGGUUCAUUUUUUUCCCCCUUUUUGACUGGGUUCAAACCCAGUCAGGUGUCACGUUCUCUCCUGGUGAUUGAGACUCUUGAAGUGAUUCUUCCACUGCCUGCCCACAACCAAAAUGAGAACAUAAAAAGCAGUUCUCGGAAAUCGCUCACGUACACAGACACACACACUGCCGAAAUCUAGCUGUCUAACCCUCUGCACCUGUGUUUGCAGCUAUCCACCGUUUCGUGCUGUAUAUCGCAAGUUUGCUGGGCCAGUAAUUGGAAUAUGUGUGCUCUUUUUUUUCUUUAGCUAGCUUCAUAGCAAAAAGCAGUUCUUCUGAUUGGUGUGUAUUAUUGAUUUACUAAAUCAUGUUUAGCCCAAGCACAGCUAGGUUAGCUAGCGAAAGUAACACUAUGAAAUUCUGUUGAAAAUAACACAGAGCGCUAGAUGGUUCAUUCAAAUAGAGAAAUCAUGUGGUGUUUUUUUUUUUUAAUUCAAACAAGAAGGACUUUCUGUGAAUUUCAAGGAAAUUUCACUUAUGCUUGCUCAAGCAUAAGAUUCACCCCAAAGUAUACAGCUCCAACAAACCAGAUUAGUCCAAGUACAGGUCUUCAUGGGUCAGCCUGAGGUUCACAGAGAUUUUUAGACACAAAAUUUUCAUACAACUCAAAUAAUGUGACAGUUUCAUAUCCAUAUGGUAAGUGACACUCUCAGUACAUCAUUCAACCAUGAUUGCUGCUACACCUUUAGGUCACUGACCACAGGAAUACAGUUUUGAUAACACUUUCUCAUAACUGGUUUUCAUAGCUAACUAUCGAUAUGGACCUAAUAAUGUACUACAAUAAAGAGCAAAAAUGAAAAAAGAGUAGAGGCAGUCCCUGGUUUCGUAUCAUGAUACGUUCCUGGAAACCCCAUCACCCCUCAGAUUGACAUGAACUGAAUCUUGUUUUCUUGUUGACUCAGUUUUUUAAGCAGGGGUUGCCUUCCUGAUAGCAAUCCAUUUUUCACAAUAAAAAAAGAUUAACAUGCGAUUAUGUGAAUUAUGAUACAAUAGUACUUGUAUUUUGUAUGCCUACUCAUGUAAAGUACAGUAUGAUCACUCAGUGUCGUGACAUGCCCUGCUUGACAAUUUGGGAAAGGAAGGACGUUAAAAACUGCCACUAGACACAAUUCAUGGUGUUCGGUCAGGGCUUUAUUUACAGAUCAAAUGAGACAGCACACACUGGAAGAAUAAAUAAAUCAUCUUUAAGUUCAUUGAAUGAAAACAACAGUAAAAAAAUGAAUGAAAAGUUGUUGCCGUUUCAGACCUAUUCAGACGGUGUUACCUUUGCUGGCUCUGUUUGUUGUUCUUGCUCUUGUUCUCCAUAUCCUCUCUCGUCACAGGUCAGAGUUUUGCUUUGUACAACAGACAAAAGUUUUUUUUGCCAUGAAACGGGGAACUGCUGCAAGGUUUUAACGGGUUUUUUUUUUUAAUUUUAGCUGGAUUAGUGACACGUUGUCCUGUAACUUUUACAUUUUAACAUGUAACAUUGAAAAUUACAUUUUAACUUUAUUUUGUACCAUUACAUUGAAUUUUAUACAUGAGAAUAUAUUUGGUAUCUUCUGAGGCUUGUACAGGGCAGAAAAACAAAUAGAAAUAAGGUCUGAAAGUUUUGAUAUGUAAUCAGUAAUCAGUGGCUUGGAACUACUGCUUAUUGCUUAAAUACCAACCUGAUAGUUAAGGCUGUUUGGUAGAGGUGGUGUGGCAUGAUUGUUUGGUGAACUUGGCUUCAAAAUAGAAGGUUUAUUUUUUAGCUUGUAAUUGAACCAUCAGUCUAGCAUUUUAAAUGGAUAAUGUCCAUUAAUAAAGAUGUAAAAUAUGCAAGUCAUUCUACAUAAAGGUUUCUACCAAGCAAAUAAUCAUACUCAUUCACAGCAGUUUUUGGGAAGUAACACGCAUGUGUUUGUAUAGUUUCACUACUGUUUGUACGACAAUCCCUUCUCGCCUUUGUGAACCUCACGAUUAACAUGGCCUGCUGUUAGGUGCUGCUUUGGUUUGGCUGCUCAUGGUGUUAUGCCAUGUUUUUUUUUAGGAAAUGUAUCUGCUGCACAGCAGGUGAGCGUGAGGCAAAUGAUACAAACAAAGCUGUAAUUACCUGUAAAUCGCAGCUUGACCUUGCAGCACAUUGCCCCUUUGUAAUCCAACUCAACAGGACUCGGGCAGUUUCAGACCAGUGCGGCCCGAUACUGGCAUUUGGCCCGGUUUUUGCAGGCUCUGGGUAAGUUCUGCUUUCAGUCCAAUUUGUUAUUUACAUCUGUUUGGAGCGGUAAAGGCCUCUAUAUCAAAACCCAUUACGCUAAAUGUGUAAACAACCUGCCGGGCACCGUACUGACAUUUUAUUGGAUGAUUUCCCAUCUUUUCAGUACAGGGAUCCACCAUAGAUGUCGAGCAACUUUACGUAAAAGGCACAGAAAUAUGCUAAACAAUUACCUGAUUAAAAAGUGUAGGUUUUUCUUCUCCUCUUCCCUAAAAGUUGGGGUAACAAUGGGGGGGUUACUUCUUGGUUUUUAUUUUUUUAAAACAUGAUUGUAACCUUUUGAACAUUGUUGGCAGCCCUGCUCAAUUUUAAGAUAUGAUUAUUAAUUCUUAUGCUGUUACAUCAUUUUAUUUCCAUGAUGGUGGUCUUCUCUGGAAAGCUGCUUUUGGAAAAUGAGUAUUCUUUGGAAGCCUGUGAUGAAUGUUUAAAGUGGCCUGGUUCUGUAAUGGAGGCAGUUUCCUGCUUCAUUUGAAGACUGGUCAGGAAAUGCCCCCAAGGGAGGACUUCUGAUUGCUUUUAAGGGAAAUGCGAUUGUAACAGGUACUUUUUGUUUUUUAUUAUUAUCACUGUUACUAUGAAUAUUUUUUU